AUGUUUCCCUCGAGCUUAACCUACACCUUGGUGCGCGAUUUCGCCUAUCCCAUAAUGCACCCCAUGCACUACGGUCCCCCGCCAGAGCCGUCGCAUCCUGCUUCCGGCCUCAGCACUCCCCUCAGCGAGUCGCGCCGCCUGUCCGACCCUCCCGCCGUCUGGGAGACCAAAAUGAGUUGGGAUACCGGCGCAUGGGGACCUGACGGCUUCGGCAGACACCACGACCUCCCCUCCGUCCAAUUCGCGGAUGGGCCGCCCUGGAGCGAGGAUGAGGAUCUGGCUAGCCCCGUGGUCAGCUCGCGACACCGUAAGCACAAGUCAUCCUCGGCGGCUUUGGGAACUGGAAGAACAAGAGCUCGCGACGACGGCGAUAUUUUGCAUGCGGCGCAAUAUGAGAGAGAACGCGGCUACUAUGUCGGCACCAGCGGCGACGGUAGCGAAAGGUAUUACUUGAACCAAGGAGGGGAAGCGAAUGGGCCAGGCGGGGAAUAUGUCACCUACCCGCCCGACGAUGCGAGACAUUCAAGCCACGCAUACCAGUUGGGUGACCUGCCCCCACGACAAUAUGCCGAACAUGAGUUCUCCGAUGCUUCGAGCUCCGCAUCAUCUCCCGGCUUUCGCGACGAAGAUCAGUCUCGAUACUCGCGAGACUACCAAUUCACCAUCACGUCGCCUGAUGAGGAGAUGCACGGAAAGGCCGUCGCCCUCUUCGACUUUGAAAGAGAAAACGAAAACGAAUUGCCCCUAGUUGAGGGCCAGAUUAUUUGGGUCUCGUACCGCCACGGUCAAGGCUGGCUUGUGGCCGAAGAUCCCAAAACUCAAGAGAGUGGGCUAGUGCCGGAGGAAUACGUUCGUUUGCUACGAGAUAUCGAAGGCGGUAUGAAUAGUCUCACUGGAAACCUGGGUGAGGGCUCAACUUCCCCCAACGAUGUCGGCACGCCCACGCAAGCGGAGCAUCUCACCUACGGUCAUACCCCGACAGGAAGUCAAUCCUCUAACGGUUACCAUCAACCUGUAGUGUCAACCUUCUCGACCUCGAGCAAAGAUCUGGACCCUUACCCAACACAACAAUUGGGAAUCCAGGCCGGCCAGCCCCCGCCGCAAGUGGUUCAUUACCACGGCCAGAGAGGUGGUAGCCAAGCAAACACACCCACCUUGGCCUCGCACCAAGACGUCGGCAUCAUGCGCCGCGGUAGCCAAGAUACGACCGCGAAGAAGAGCGACUCUCAGACCGUCCCCUUGAUGGAGGCGACAACCGAGGAAACAGCCGAGGAAAAGUCGGUGGAUCGAUCGAGCACGCCAAAGGCCAAGACUCCCAGCGAGAAACCCGCUGAUCCCGACGCCAUGGAAACAGAACGGUGA